AUGGGAAAGGCGAGGGCUGUUUGCGGCACUAUAGAAGAUGUAACAGAUGAGUUGGACCAGCUCGAUGUAGACCAUGCAGACGUGGUAGUUGCCCAAUCAUUCAAUCUUAGUCGAGUAUUAUUAGUCCAUGUAUUGAAGAAAUCCAUUGCACGACCGACGCCUACAAGAAUGAGAAUCGGUUAA